AUGCUCACCAAGAACCUCACAGAGACGGCCUGCGACCGUCCCGUCCGCGACUCGUCCGGCACCCUCAUCGCCCUCAACAACACGCUCGGGAUCAUCACCGGCCUCUUCGUCCUCCAGCGCUUCGCCUUCAAGAUCUUCUCCCGUCUCAGCAUCCACCUCGACGACUGGUUCACGCUGCUCACCACGCUCGUCGGCGUGCCCGCCACGGUCAUCAACCGCUAUGGUCUGCCGCCCAAUGGCAUCGGCCGCGACGUCUGGACGCUGACGGAGCAGCAAAUCACCAGCUUUGGGCGCUUCUUCUACGCCAUGGAGGUCAUCUACUUCACGCAGGUCGCGCUGCUCAAACUCGCGCUGCUCUUCUUUUACAUCCGCAUCUUCUCCGGCGCCGCCGAGUCGGUGCGUGCCCUGCUCUGGGGCACGACCGUCCUCACCGUGGGCUUCGGCAUCGCCUUCGUCGUCGCCGCCGUGUUCCAGUGCGACCCCGUUAGUUUCUUCUGGACGAGGUGGGAUGAUGAGCAGGGGCAGGGCCGGUGCAUGAGCAUCAACGCCAUUGCGUGGUCCAACGCCGCCAUCAGCAUCGCACUCGACGUGUGGAUGCUGGCCCUCCCCAUCUCGCAGCUCAAGCAGCUGGACUUGAGCUGGCGCAAAAAGACCGGUGCCGGCAUCAUGUUCUGCACCGGCGCCUUCGUCACCGUCGUCAGCAUCCUGCGUCUGAAGCUGCUCGUCGACUUUGGGUCCGACUCGAUCAACCCAACGUGGGACAACUUUCAAAUCACUUGCUGGUCGACGGUGGAGAUGAAUGUCGGCAUCAUCUGCGUCUGCCUUCCGUCGCUGCGUCUCAUGAUCAUCCGCACGUUCCCUCGGGUGCUCAACACCGUGUACGGCGCCAAUUCGCGCCAGGUGCGCAACACCAGUCACGAUUGCAAAGGCAACAAAGAGAUCUGUGAGGAGGGGGAAUCGCACGGCCAUAGAGUGCAGCAUGAUAAAGAUAAAGUGCAGCGGAUGACAAUCGACGAACCCACAUCCAAAGCUUCCCAUGUAUAAUAUUCGCGAAAUAAAGAAGACAC